UUGUCACUUGUGUUGGGUGCUAUUUUUCAGUCGCUUUUGUGAAACUAUUGUCGACUAAAGCAAGGAAAAUUAUAGAAAUUUAUUGGAAAAAAUGUAUUUCGAUAACCUUUUGGGCGAUGAAAACGAAGAAGAGGUGGUGUAUUUAAAUCUUAGACAAAAGCUUACAAAGCGUAUCAUUAAGAAGGCGCCCAAUAAUGCUAUUAAACCCAAAAUUGGAUCUCUGGUGACUAUCAAUCUAGUUGGGAUAGUUGAACCUAAUAUUAAAGUGGAAGACCUGAGGAGUUUCCAGUGUCAUCUCGGUGACUAUGAGGUUGUCGAUGGCCUGGAAAGGAUCCUCCCCUCGAUGAAGGUGGGCGAAAUAGCAAGUGUGUCAAUGGAUUCCGACUUUGCUUAUGGUAUCUACGGACUGCAGGAUAGUGCCUACUUUACUAACGAUUUCCUAGUUCCGCCCUAUUCGCCUAUUUCCUAUGGUAUAGAGCUUGUAGCUAUAAAAACCGAAGAAUCAAAGGAUUUAGAAGACGAUGAAUUACUCUGUACUUAUGUUGCUCGCAAGAAGGCUCGUUGCGACUUUUGGCUCAUACGCUUGGAGUUCAAGAAAGCUAUCCAUCUGUUCAAACGUGCUAGGACAUAUCUACUUAAAAUCAAGGACGAAGGGAAAGCUAAAGCUCUUAUGCAACGUCUGGCUCUAAACUGUGACCUUGGCUCCUAUAUGAAAUGUCGUGUUGUGAGAGUUUUUAAUGCAGCUCUGAUAGAGGUUGAAAGUGUCCUAAGUUUGGAGCCGGACAAUACAGAUGCUUUAUUUCGUAAGGCAAAAAUACUAAAAUGUGUGGGUAAUACAACGUGCGCUUUGGAUAUAAUGAUUAGAGUGACCGAGCUUGAUCCAGAACAUCAGGAUGCUGCAGCAGAAGUUUCCGAACUCAAAUACACCGAAGCUUUUGAGAACUACAGAGGUUCGCAUCAAAACGUAUCUGGCUUCAAUAUACGCCGUCCAAUUAUUUGGUUCAUGGUAACCAAUGUCAUCUUGUGGAUUUAUUUUAUCACUAACAAAGUACUAAACAUUUUUACAAAGACCCGUUGAAGAGCUGUUUCUGCUGUUGCAUUAAUAAAUUAUAUAUCUGAGCAUUAA